UUAUAUUUUUAGCCGGCUGAGUGAUUAUAAUUUCUCAGUCAGCAACUGUUCCUUGGGCCUACAGGAAACGGGUUCUGUGGGUGUUUUAAAAGUGAAUGUUUGAAUUACUUUUUUUUUGUUAUUAAUCACUCAGUAAUAAUUGUUAUUAUAGCUGAGUAACUCGCUCCUUAGUUGGUUGUUGAAGCAACUUGUUCAUCAGUAAAAUUAAAGCUUAGGCUAGCCCAAGCCUAUUUCAAUGUCUCUUCAAUUCAAUUACUGAACCCAAGCUAACAGCAGUCAUUGUUCGGAACCGGGAAGAAAAGGAAGAUCAUCUUGCUAUCGUUCGUUGUAUCUUUUUUGGAAAAUGGAGACUUUUUCGCCCUCUAAACUUUUUCAAUUUCAAAACUUACCAUCGCAAAUUCAGAGCUCUGAUCUAAUUGAUGAUGAUCUUGUAGAUGUCGUUGGUUACACACCCAAUCCUUUAAAAAGCGGCCAAAGUUUCGGGACACGUCCCCAGCUUGGGAGACCACCGGCAAAGAGAAAAUUGGAAUUGGACUCAACAGGUUUUGAUACUGAAUCCAGUUCUGGCUCGCAAGGAUUCAAAACACCAAGUCCUAAGAUGGCACGGAAAAAAGCAAUGGGAGCUCAGAGAGGUUCUGCUUCAAAAGUUAAGUCACCAGCGGAGAAGACUAGGUAUGACACUUCAUUAGGACUGUUGACCAAACGUUUUGUGACACUUCUUCGAGGAGCUCCAGAAGGCGUUUUAGAUCUUAACAAUGCUGCAGAGAUUUUAAAUGUUCAAAAACGGCGAAUUUAUGAUAUAACCAAUGUGCUAGAAGGUAUUAAACUCAUUCAGAAGAAAUUCAAAAACAAUAUACAGUGGAAGGGUGCUUGUAACUCAGUCGCUGUAAGAAAAGAUGGAGAAGGUUUACCAAUCAGUGCUGAAUCAGUUAAUCUUCAUGCAGAUAUUGCUGAUUUAGAGGUACGUGAGAAGAGGAUAGAUGAACUUAUACAAAAUGCAACACUUCAACUUAAGAUGUUAACUGAAGAUAGAGAAAAUCAAAGAUUUGCAUAUGUAACGUAUCAUGAUAUUCGUAACAUUCAAAGUUUCAAUGAUCAGACAGUGAUAGCAAUAAAAGCUCCACCAGAGACCAGACUGGAGGUGCCUGACCCAAAAGAGGGUGUUCAAAUAUGGUUGAAAAGCACAAAGGGACAGAUUGAGGUAUACUUGUGUCCAGAGGAAGCCCAAGAUGAGAACAUCCCCCUUUCAGAAUGCAGCAACUCGUCCUCCAGCAGUAGUCUAGGUAGUGCUCCCUUUAAGGUAGAAACUAUUGAAGAAGAUUUGGAAAUUGAUUGUCUUCAAAAGAGCCUACUCCUUCAGACUGAUGAUCAGAACUCUGGUGAUAUGGACGACUUUGUUCCACUUUCACCACCUAUGGUGGAAGAUUAUUUAUUUACCCUUGGCGAGGAUGAAGGGAUUUCAGACUUGUUUGAUGCAUAUGACAUGUUCAGCCAAUAAGGGAACUUCUGACAGAAGACUUGCUACAACUUGAAUACAUGCCACUUAUUUAUUGACAUCCAUCUCUAAAGCAACCUAGACUGUAUGGAUGUGUAACCAAAGCUGUUAUUAGCUGAAUUUUAUGGCUGGGCUUGAUAUUGAUAACAGGACUUAAGGCUUCAUGAGAUUUACAAUGUCUAAACAAGUGUCUGAAGAAUCUUCUUUAUUUACUUGAACAAAACAAGAUCUACUCCAUGUCAUUCUGAAUAUUAAAACCUACAGUUUUAAUACUGAAAACUCUAUUUCACUAUUGUCUGUAAAUGAAUUAUUGCAUUGGUAGUCACCUAUUGAUUUAAAUUUGAUUUUAUUAUGUAUUCAUAUAAUCAUGUUUGUUCCAUCUUUUUCAUUUGCCAGAUACAUGUAUCAGCAUUUAGUAUCAUUUCAAGGAUAUUGCAUCAAUGUUAACCAUAAUUGUUAGUAUACAGUACUACAUUGUUUGUAGGAAGUAAAUUGAUUACUGAAAUUCAAAUAAUUGAAAAUACUGAAUCUAAAAAGAAGGAUAAACAAGAGUUUGAUAAGCAGAUGUACAAGAUUCAUAUGUAGAGGCAUUGAGUCCAAGACAAUUAUAGUAUGUGGUUGCUUGUGUUUACACAAUUUGUUGUUAUUUGUAUGAUCCUAAUUCUAUUGGGUUACCAUUGUUACUUGGUUGGAAUUAUCCAAGACUUGCA